AUGAAGUCUGUCGCUACUCUUGCUACUGCGGGCGCCGCCUUCGUCGGCCUCGCCUCUGCAUGCAGCACCUUCAACAAUGUCGAGGUGACUUUCUAUGGCUGGCCUGACAACUCUCCUCCUGGGCCCGGCACCGCCUACGACUGUGGCGGCCGUAACUACGUCGCUGGUGGUAGCGGAACUUACGACGACCCCAUUACUAUCGCUACUGCUGAGAGCGAGCUCAGCGUUUGCGAGACUGUCUACAUUCCUCUUUUGAAGAAGUACGGUCGCCACGAAGAUGACUGCACUCAAUGCGAGUCGGACUGGAACAACGGCCAGGCUCACAUUGAUAUCUGGACCGGCUCCAACUCUUCGGGUGGCGGCGAUGCUCAAAUUGACUGCGAGGACAACCUCACCUCUGGAGGCCAAUACUCUAUUGUCAGACAGCCUGCAACUGAUCUCGAGGUCGACACCACUCCCUUGUUCGUCCCUCCUAGCACUUGCAAUACGGGCAACAUUUACGAGGGCAACCAGGCUUCUUGCUAG